UACCAGCAUGCAAUGGGGAAUCCCUGAAACACGUGUUGUUGACUGUGUUCUAUGUGAAUAAGUUCUGAAUAGGCUGAAAUAAUUGAUAGAAUAUUCCUGAAUAUUCUUUACUCCCCAUAUUGUAUAGUAUAGUGUCUACAAAAUGCCGUCUGGUAUCAAAAUUAACAAAAAAGACGUUCUAAAGGCCGUGGAAGGCCUGUUUUCUUUAAAUCAGAAAAAAUUAGACAUUGUUGAUGUGCCUGAGAAAAUUAAUUUGACGGUAACUUUCAAGAAAGUACCAAGUGCUGGAAAAAAGAUAAAAGCAACAACCGUUGAAUUAAAUUUACCUAAGUCAACAAGCCACGACAAUCAAACAGUUUGUCUUUUUGUAAAAGAUUUGGAUAAAGAUGACCGAGAAUAUGAGAAAACAAAGUAUCACUAUCAAGACUUGUUGAAAAAAGCUGGAUUGAAAGAGAUACCCGACAUCAUUCCUCUCAAAAGUCUUCUUCUUGAAUACAAACCAUUUGAGGCCAAGAGAAAUCUUUCAAACAUGUAUGAUAUAUUUCUAGCAGAUAGUAGAGUAACUAAAGUACUGCCUAGAAUUUUAGGCAAACAUUUUUAUGGAAGGAAAAAGAUACCAAAACGUGUCAUAAUGUCUGCAGAUUCUCUGAAAGAUGAAGUAAACGGCGCCAUCAACCGAUGUAAUUAUGUAAUGUCCAUGAAAGGAUCAAGCUCUAUGGUUGCAGUAGCUCACAAUAAAAUGAAAAUAAAUGACAUUGUAGCCAACAUUAUGGCAGCAGUAAAGCAAAUUAGUGAUGUGAUACCAGGUGGUUCUGACAACAUCAGAAACCUUCACAUAAGAACAGUUGACUCAGUAGCUAUCCCAUUAUAUGUUUCUUUAGACUGUGCUAACUCUGUAGAACUACCAGAUGUUGAAGAAGAGGAAGAAAUUGAAGAAGAGGAACCUGAAGAACUGACAACAUUAGAUGAUGGUCAAAAAGUGAAAGUCACAAAAUCUGGAGAUGUUUUGAUCUACAGUAAAGAAGGAAAAUUAUUAUCAGUAUCGGCCCAAAAUAAAUUAUUAAAAGAACUUGAUAGUUAUGGAGAAUCUAAUAAAAAGAGAAAAGCUGGUAAAAUUGAGAAAGAAGAAACGAGUGAGCGUGUUGUUCCAGCAAAAAGAAUGAAGAAGGCAAAAUGAACACAUAAAAUAAAGUGCAUGAAAAUUUUAAAUCUUUUCUUUCUCAGAAGAUAGCACACCAAAGGCUUUCUAAAUAACACUGGAUAUUGGAAGAUUUAAAAUAAUUUACAAAUGAUGAACAAUUGUUAGUAACAAAACAUGGUACCAGUCCAGUUCUAAAAGUUAUAAAAACAAUUGAUAUAUUAAAUUUAUUUUAGACUAGCAUAAAAAAAUCUAGUUUAUUUUGUAGUAUUCAAAUUGGAGGUUGGAUGGCGAUGUAUCAUAAGAUCUGUCAUUGAGUCAAUUGGUGCAAUUUGGAUUCCCUGGUUGUACGUGACAAAGAGUAGGGACGCCUGUCCAACCACAUUGGUUUUCUCCGGGUCCCUCAGUUUCCUUCCACUGCUUAAGACCCCUACACGCAAGCGGAUUAUUAAAUAAAAUUGAACCAUAUGAUAGUCCCAAAAUGACCUUAUAGUUUGUGUCGAGUGGACGUUAAACCCAAUUUCUCACUCUCUGUGUAAUUAAAUUGACUAUGUAAUGUAUUGAACUAAAUAGGAUUGAUAAUGAUAUAAAAGUUUUUGAAAUGGAUGUUAAGCUUUGGUAUAAUGAUUGAUUUAAAUGAAUAGAAAUUGACUCUGGAAUCAAAUCGAUGUUGAUUGAAAUAAAUGAUAGACAUGAUUAUAUCUGAGACAGGAUGCGCAUACAUAUUAUAGACUAUCUCUCAGACACACUAAAGUAUCAUGCACAUUAUUCAUGAUUCAUAAGUACAAAUUUCUGACAUUUAUGGUACCUCACCACUCUGUAGAUAAUCUGAUUUAAUAGCUGUUUUAAGACAGACAUUGGUGGUGUCUUGACCCCCCACCCACCCCCCAAAUACCAAAAUAAAAAAUAUAAUGCUUUUAAAAGUCAAUAUAAGUUCUAAUGUACUGUAUUUAUUCUUCUCUUGAAUUUGCUUAAUUAAUUAGAUCUACAUAAUAAAUACAGACUUUACAGUAAAACAGUACAUAUAUAUGUAUGUACAAAAUAAUUGUAAAAAAACGUGAAGAAAGGACUAAGCAGACAGAAACGACUGUCGUUCAAUUUGGACUGUUCAUGUAUUUCACCAAACAUAAUUGAUUAGAAUUUAAAUUACAAAGUUAAAAAAAACCAAUCUGGUUAAAACACAGAUCCUAUUUCGUUUCGUAUUUAUAGUUCAAAAUUUCGUUUUACUUGUCUUUACUACACUUGGAUCUGGAAGAGUUGUUAUUUAACUCGAGUUCUGAAUGGUGUCAGGGAUAAGCCAAUGAAACGGUCUGUUACAGCGAGCUUUAGGCGUGUUUUUCACGGAACUGUGGGUAAUCCACUGAUUGGUUAAUCAAAUGUCUGACGUCAUAGGGUCAUAAGUCGGUCUUUUGACCCCUGACGUGACCUAUCACUAUAACUUGUCAGAUCUUCAUGUAGUGUAGGCCAUCGAAAGUAUAAAAAAACAAAACGAUAGAUAGAUCUGUAUUUUAAUCAGAUUGAAAAAAAUAAAAUAAAAUGAAUAUAAUAUACAUUCAUGUUACAUUAAAGACACAUUGUCUGAAAUA